AUACUCUUUAAGUUUAUAUCAAAUUACCAAUCAUAAAUAGGAUAUAUAUUUGGAUCGAUGAUCAUUAUCCCUUAUUUUUAAUAGAAAUAUAUAGGAAAAGGGAAGGGGGGUGGGGAGAUUAAUUAAAUCAUUAAACAUGCCUGAAGAAACAGAAAUUAACAAUGGGAUAACAGAGAAUAAAACUGUUGAAACAACAGAAUUAAUAAAGGAAAAUGUGAUUGUUUCAGAGAAAGAAAUUAAAACUUAUAAAUGUGUAACUCUUGGAGCAUUUGGUGGUUCAAAACAUAUUAGAAUAGAUAUGAAUGAAGUGAAAUCAGUAGGGAAAAAUGAAGUUGCUAUUGAUGUACAAGCAUGCGGUAUCAACUUUCUUGAUAUAAUGACAAGACAAGGUCUUAUUGAUCAAGCAAUGAAACCUCCAUUCAUUUUGGGAUCUGAAUGUACUGGAAUUAUUAGUGAAGUCGGUGAAAAAGUGACAACUUAUAAGGUUGGUGAUCCAGUUAUAGUUCUACUUGAUAAUGGUGCUUGGAGUGAACGUCUUGUAUUACCAAUUAUAGAAAAAGCUAAUACUAAUCAAACAAAUUCAACAACACAAUCUGGAGAUGUUGAAUGUACGGAAUCAAAUGAAUUUGGAAAGAUCAAGUCAAUUAUAUUACCAAGACCAAAAACAUUAGAUGUUAAUAAAGCUGCAAUUAUUAGCUUUGCUUAUAUUCCAGCUUAUAUUUUAACUUAUCAUAUACUUAAUGUUCAUUCUGGUGAUGUAGUUUUGAUAUUUUCAGCUGGCGGUGGAGUAGGAACUGCUUUAGGACAAUUAAUGAAACUUAUACCAAAUAUAACUUUAAUUGGUAUUGCUUCUAAGGCAAAACAUGAAAAGUUGACAAAAAUCUAUGAUAUAUUAUUAGAACCUGAUCAAGAUUGUGUAACAGAAAUUAAAAAACUUUAUCCUAAUGGAAUUGAUGCAAUUUUGGAUUGUAUUAGUGGACCAGAUACAAAUAAAUUAUAUGGUAUAUUAAAACCAUUAGGAAAGCAUAUCAUUUACGGUAUGUCAAACUUAGUCACUGGAGACAGGAAAAACUUUUUAAACUUAGCAAAACAUUGGUUUCAUAUAGAACGUAUUAAUCCGUUGAAAUUACACGAUGAAAAUUUACUGUUAGGUGGAUUUUCAUUAAAAUCACUUCUCUUCUCUCGUGAUCCUAAUCAAACAGAAACGAAUAAAUUAAUUAUUGACGUAUGGAAUGAAUUAACAAAAUUAAUCGAUAGUCAAAAAAUUGAUCCAAUAGUUGAUAGUCAGUGGUAUUUAGAUGAGACCAAAGAGGCUAUGAUGCGUUUACAAGAAAGGAAGAAUGUCGGUAAAGUUGUUUUAAUCCCUAAAUUGAAGGAAAAAGAUGUAAGUUUACUGAAAGUUUUCUUCAUCCUAUUUAUUUAUAUGGGUAAUAUGUCACAUUGACCAUUUGGUACUUAAAUCAUAUUUAGUAUAUUCAUAAGAUUAUGCUAUUUAAAAAUAUUAAUAAGCUUUUCUUAGUUAGUUAUCUUAGAAGCUACAGUGAUUCAUCUGUGAUAACAUUUAUUUAUAGAUGAUACCUAUUAGUGAGGUUAUAUGGAGAUCGUUGGAUUUCAUAGUUUACAUCAUCUUAGUUAAACAACCAGUGAAAGCCACUGGUUUCAUUUUAGUACAGGACUACUCAAUGCUGUCCAUGCAUAACAAUAUCAUUGUAGAGCGAACUCAGGACGUUCAGACCACUGUAGGCAAUUAGUCACUGAUGUCAUCGUAAGAUGGGUGUGUAAUGCCGGGGACUGAGUAAGGUAGACAUGCAAACCAGUAGUUGACAUGAUUCAUGAUACUGACACUGGACUUGUUACGUGGUAAUCCAAUAUUACAGACAAAAUACUAGUCACUAAACUCUUCAGUACAUUUGAAGAAAAUUAACUGUGUAUUUACUUCCGAGAAACGAAAGUAAAUAAGUUUUUCCAAUUGGUGAAACAGUAGAUUCUAUAAGUAAUUUUCUAAUAUUUACAUACAAGAUGGUAUGCUUAAAUCGAUUGAAUGGGAUAUAGCUGAUAACGGAAUUCAUAAUUGAGGUCUAGUUAGUGGCUAUCUCGAUUAAGAAGCUAAGUGGAUAAUGUAUUAGUGUCCAUAUCAAAAGCAACUGAUUUUAAGUCCCGGAACGAACAUCAAUCGUGAGAUUCAGAUACACCUAACUAAUAAGUCCCAAAAAGGACGAAACGUGCGUUCAUAAUUCCAAACCUAAACAUUAUUCCUCUAUUCUAUAUAAAUUUGAGUCGUAUUAGCUAAUAUCCAGUCAAUCCACAUUGGAUACGCAUAUACCAACCAAGACUGAUCAAGCUUCAUACAAAAUAUCAACAUGAGAAUAAUUCAAUCUGUAUAAGAAUCAUUUAAUUGUGAUUGAUUGGUAUGUCAAUGAUAAAUCUCACUCUUAUGGAAAACAUGUGUUUAAAUUGGAAUAUAUAUACCACGUACCUGGAUUAUAUCUUAUGUACUUGAUGUAAUUCUAAUUUCAGGCUGAAGAAGCGGUUGAAAAUACUGAGAAGCCGACAACAGAUUAAACAUCAACAAAUUCAACAGCUAAAUAGUCAGUUUCUUAUGAAUUACUACAUAAACAAAACAAAAAACUGCUUGAUUUAUUAUUUGUUUUGUCUUCCUGUCAUAAUUUGUGUUGCCAUUUAUGUGAUGUGUGUUUUAAUGAUCACUUCAUCAGAAGAUAAACUCCAUAUUUCAACAACAACAAUAACAAAAAAGAGGAAGAACAACUAAAUGUGACUAAUGAAUGUUCCAUAGAGAUGAAGUUUUCAAAAAGUCAUUUCACCUUAUCUUUUCAUCUUUUUUUUUUAAUAAAUUGUUUGUUGAUAUAUGUUGUGAAGAGCUAUUAGUUGAUACCAGCAUAUAAACAACAUUUUUAUCGUAUGUCAACAUAUGAGUUUUCUAUUGAAAACUAUUCAUCUUGUGUUUUUGUUCUGGUUCCGCUUUUUUUGUUUUUUUUUGUUUUGAAUAAACAAAAAUAUCGAUUUGUCAUUUUCAAUGUUCAAUGUGAUGUGAUAUUAUUCAUUUGGUUGUUUUUCAUUGGUUUUCUUUUUUCUUUUUUUUUCUUUUCUUUUUUUUCUAUUUUUAUUUUCAUUGAUCUAUUUGUUUAAAUUGGGUUAUAUUUGUUGAUUAAUAAUGGAAAUGAAAUUUUUGUGUUUGUU